AGCCUGAGCCCUCGAGAAGCUGGCGAUGACAAGUCUGAAUGGUCGCCAUGCCGAGAAAACCAUUGACAUGCCAAAACCAUCAGCCCCCAGAGUGCACGUGCAGAGGUCCGUGUCCCGAGACACUAUCGCCAUUCACUUCUCGGCAUCCGGGGAGGAGGAGGAGGAGGAAGAGGAGGAGUUCAGGGAGUACCUUGAGGAGGGGCUGGACGACCAAAGCAUUGUAACAGCGCUCGAAGCCAAGGAAGACCUCUAUCUCGAACCCCAGGGUGGCCAUGACUCCUCUGGCCCUGCCGCCCAGCCCAUCCUGGCAGAUGGACUGUCCGUGUCCCCUGCCAUUUUGCCCGUCUCCGAGAACACGGUAAAGCUGUUGGAGUCCCCUCCUCCGGCAGUGCGAGUACUAAGUACGGUGCCAUUGGCUCUGUCCCCAGGGUCGUCUUCGUUAGGCCCCUUAGCUAGCUCUCCCAGUGUGUCAUCCCUUUCUGAGCAGAAAACCGGUUCUUCCUCCCCGCUGUCCUCUCCUUCCAAGUCUCCUGUCCUCUCCUCCAGUGCCUCAUCCUCUACCCUGUCCAGCACCAAGCCCUUCAUGAGCCUUGUGAAGUCCCUAUCGACCGAGGUUGAGCCAAAAGAACCCCCCCACGCCUCGAGGCACAGGCACUUGAUGAAGACAUUAGUCAAGUCUCUGUCCACAGACACCUCGCGGCAGGAGGCAGACACCGCGUCCUGUAAACCACCCGACUCCAAGCUCAACUUACACCUGUUCAAGCAGUUCACACAGCCACGCAACACAGGUGGGGACUCCAAAACUGCACCUUCCUCCCCACUGACUUCUCCCUCCGACACGCGCUCCUUUUUCAAAGUGCCCGAGAUGGAGGCUAAAAUCGAAGACACUAAGCGACGCCUUUCAGAAGUCAUAUAUGAGCCUUUUCAGCUCCUUAGUAAAAUUAUAGGGGAAGAAAGUGGCAGCCACAGGCCCAAAGCCUUAUCUUCAAGUGCUUCAGAGCUCUCCAAUCUGUCCAGCCUGAACGGUCACUUGGAAAGCAAUAACAACUACAGCAUCAAGGAGGAGGAGUGUGAUUCCGAGGGAGACGGCUGUGGGAGUGACCCCAGGGCCUCAGAUGAGCCCUCAAGAGAGGUGGAGCCGAGAAGCUCCCAGGUGAGCGGUCUGAAGGACUUAGGCCUGAAGACGAGCUCUCUGGUUCUUGAGAAGUGUUCCUUGUCUGCCUUAGUGAGCAAAGAAGAUGAAGAGUUCUGCGAACUGUACAGUGAGGACUUUGAUUUGGAAACAGAGGUAGAGAGUACAGUUGAUAAGCUCCCAGAUAUCCCUCUCAAGCCCGAGGUGCUGGCGGAUGAUGGUCCAACUCUUGACAGUGAGGACGAGGCCCACGCGGCCGUGCAGCACCCCGAAUUACCAGUGAAGACCCUGGGCUUCUUUAUAAUGUGUGUCUAUGGGUACCUCAUCCUCCCCCUCCCCCAUUAUGUGAGUGGACUCUUUCUGGGAGUUGGUCUUGGAUUCAUGACUGCGGUUUGCAUGAUUUGGUUUUUUACACCACCAAGUGCUCAUAAAUAUCACAGAUUACAUAAAAACCUACAACACUGGAACACAAGAUCUCUGGAUAUCAAAGAACCGGAAAUACUGAAGGGAUGGAUGAAUGAGAUUUACAACUAUGAUCCAGAAACUUACCAUGCAACUUUGACACAUUCAGUCUUUGUCCGACUUGAGGGUGGGACCUUAAGACUUUCAAAGCCCAAUAAAAAUAUAUCCAGGAGGGCAAGCUACAAUGAAACAAAGCCAGAGGUUACCUACAUCAGCCAGAAAAUCUAUGACCUUUCAGACAGCAAGAUUUAUCUUGUACCCAAAAGUUUGGCUCGAAAACGAAUCUGGAAUAAAAAGUACCCCAUUUGUAUCGAGCUUGGUCGACAGGAUGACUUUAUGUCUAAGGCCCAGACUGAUAAAGAGACUUCUGAAGAAAAGCCUUCAGCUGAGAGAGAGCUGGGAAGUGAGGACCCUAAGAAGCCAUCCCAUCCUCAGGAGGGAACACGAUCUAGCCAGCGAGAUCAGAUACUCUAUCUCUUUGGGAGAACUGGCCGAGACAAAGAGGAGUGGUUUAGGCGAUUUAUUCUGGCAUCUAAACUGAAGUCGGAAAUCAAGAAGCCACCUGGUGUCUCUGGAAGUAAACCAGGGGUUUUGCCCUCAUACAGCAGACACAACAGCCCCUCGGGGCACCUGACCCACAGCCGCAGCAGCAGCAAAGGCAGCGUGGAGGAGGUGAUGUCGCAGCCGAAGCAGAAGGAGCUGGUGGGCAGCGUGCGGCAGAAGAUGCUUCUGGACUACAGCGUGUACAUGGCCAGGUGUGUCCCCCAAGAAAACCGAAGCCCCCAGAGGAGCCCGGUGCAGAGUGCGGAGAGCAGCCCCACGGCUGGGAAGAAGUUGCCAGAGGCUCCGCCCUCCGAGGAGGAAGAACAGGAAGCCUGGGUGAAUGCCUUGCUUGGUAGAAUGUUUUGGGACUUCUUAGGAGAGAAAUAUUGGUCUGAUCUGGUGUCUAAGAAAAUCCAAAUGAAACUCAGCAAAAUAAAGCUCCCCUACUUUAUGAAUGAACUAACUUUGACGGAACUUGACAUGGGGGUGGCUGUGCCAAAAAUCCUUCAGGCCUUCAAGCCUUACGUUGAUCACCAAGGACUCUGGAUCGAUUUGGAAAUGUCCUACAAUGGGUCCUUUCUGAUGACUCUCGAGACCAAAAUGAAUUUGACCAAACUAGGUAAAGAGCCUCUUGUUGAAGCCCUGAAGGUUGGAGAAAUUGGCAAAGAAGGCAUUUCAUACCCUGUAGGUGCUGAGUCUUGUUUGGUCCCAUGUGAUGCCACUAGGAAGCUUGUCCUUUCAUCAUGUUCCUGGACAUAAAGGCUCAGUGUGUAGACCUAAGAGGAUUGAGGUCAGAGUAUUUAAGAGGCUUUCUCGGGAGGGAAAGUCUUGCCAACUUCCCUGAUCUGAGUUGCUGGGGUUUUGGUCUAGUUCUCUAAUCAGACUCCGUUUCCUGUGUCUGGACGCCCCCACCCCACUGCCAGGUCUGUAAGACAAAGCACGCGUCCGCUGCCCGGCCUGUAAGACAAAGCACGGUGGGCAGAAGCAGCCUUGAAAAUGAGGUCUAAAUACCCAGGAGAAGGACAGAGCAAACUUCAGGCAGAAGGACUCCAUUCUGGAAACAGCCCUGUGCCAGCACCGAGCUGCUGGGACUCCAUUGGAAAGGGGCGUCUUGGGUGGCAGGUGGGGCCCCGACCCAGCCAGGUCCCUGAGAGCCUGGUCCUGUAGGCGUUCCACGUCACCCUUACUCGCGUGGCUCUCGGCACCAUUUCAAGUUCGUGAACCCCGGCCCGUCAGGGGAUGGACAUGUUUCUGAGAAAGCAGUGCUUCUCCAGACUGCAUGAAAAAAAAUCCUCUGCUUUGGGAAUAUGAUGGUAUUAUUUUGUCAUAUACUUCUGAAGUACCGUUUUUUCCCUAGUAGAGUCUGGUAUAAAAUGUUUUACUUCUUCCUGUGAGGGUGUUACCUUAUAUGUUGAUGGGUAAUUGGCUGUCAUUUAAUUUUAAAAGCAAGGGAAAGAAGCCGUUCCAAAAGUACUUCGUUUGGGAGAAAAAGGCCUGGAAAAAUGGACCGUUAACUUUUUUUUUUUUUUAACAUGAAGGACCCCUUUGGGAAUUGGAGAGCUCUGGGUCCUUCUCCCUGGAUAUGCCUGCACGUGUACCGCUUUGGCUCAGUUUCUGGGAGUACUGAGAGCCUCUGAAAGCCCAUCCAUAGCUAAGAACCUAAUCCCAGAAGUGAUUCUAGAACACACUUAUUUGCUCCCUCAGUGAUGAGCAUAUAGGAAUACCCUGAGUCUAAAUGCCAGGGAGAGAGCAACCCUCAACGUUUUCCUUAACGGUGAAUCUCUCCCAAGAGGAGGCUGUGGCAGGGCCUCUGCUUUGUCCACGGCUUUUUUUCAGUCCCCCUUAAAGUGUGCAAAUGAUUGGGCCCUGGGGGAGCCUCUAGAAGAUGCUGCUCACCCUGUGGGAAGCCCCACUUGUAGAGAGUUUGUUCGUGUCCUCACGAUAUUACCCUGAGGGUGAUAGACACGGCAAUCUGUGUUGCUUUAGUCUAGUGAAGUCCCUUCUCUUUGAAAUGUGUGUAUACUUUUUAUCUGUAGACAUUUUUCCUUUAAUCUUUAUUUCCCAAAUAGCUGCCCUGUUACAUGUUGUAGUUAACAUCACUUUGGGGCGAUAAGGUGCUCAGAGUGGAAUUCGGGUAGCGAGCUGAGCAGUCGUAACUUUAGGAAUUGACCUGGAGAGGACCAGAGUGAGGCAGUAAGGGGAAUGUUCUACACGCCGUCUGCUCUCUAAAGGAACCGUGGCUUUGGAGGAGGGCAUUUCCUGUAAGACACUUGGCCUGUUCAUGCUCCACCACUGCAGCCUGGGUCCAGUGUGCCAGUCCCCCCAGGGGGGCCCCUGCGACCUCCGUACUGGGUCACGGGUCCACAGUAUACCCCAAACCACCACCACCCUGAAGCUCCUGAGUCUGGGGAGCCAAGUGGCUGCAGCCCACACUGUGGCCCGGGCAGCCUCUGUGGGUGUACGCACAUGUGUGUCUGUGGUGCCGAUUUCACUCAGAGAAAAUGCAUACGUUCUCGUGUGUGGCCACCUCCCUGGGCUGUUUCAUCUAAUUAUACAUCCUUCACGUAAAGCAUUUUUUGGAGCUGCCUUUUAGAACUGCCUCCAGAGUCUGUGACAUUAUUUUAACUAUUCUGAGCAUCAGCAAGUCAUCCUGCUUUGUAAGAUGGAUUGGAUCUUGGAGAAGGUGUUGGAAGUUGUUCAGAGGCAAUGGAGAUUAUGAGGCCAAGAAAUAAAAUGGUUGGUCCAAGAUAGAGCAUCAGUGAUAAAAUAAUUCACUUUUUCUUAUGUGUCUGACUCCAAGCACAUGUCCAAAAAGAUUUUUAGCAGGGACAGCAAAACUAGAAUUAGCCCUUUAAGGUGGCUCUUUGAAAGGAUAUCAUACUCAUCUGGAUUUUAAGAUGCGUUUUUAAAAAGUAGGCUUAUUACGUUCUAGCACACCUCAUAUAAGUAAGAAUGUGCAGUGUAUCUUUCAAGUUCAUGCUGACAUCAUGAGAUCAUUAAAUGCACGUUCAGUUAUAAAGCUGAGUAUCAGCCAAACAUUGAGUGACACACUUAAUUAGCUAAGUAUUGGGUGCCAUGUAGAGGUACCAUUUGCUCAAAAUCAGAAUUUCAUGUCACCUGUCUAACUGAUAUGGCAUUGUCUAAAUUAUUAACUUCAAGCCACAAAAUUUAUUCUGUUAUCUGUCCUUCGGAGGAUUAAUUCGGGAACCUGAGAGCUCUCUGCAGUGCUCAGCCUUUGGCAUCUUUUGCUUCAGGUCUGGAGGCUACCAGAUGACAAAUACCAGUGGGGACAGGACGGGAUGGUGGCUCAGCAGGUUUUACUGCAGCCCCAUCUCGAGGCAGCUUGCUGUGCUGCGUGGAUGGGGAGCAGGCUCCCUGUGCGGUGAGGACACAGACUCCUCGUCUGAGAGCGCCUGGUCUGAGAGCCAGGGAGCCCAGGCACCGUACUGAUGGACAGGGACAAUAGAUGUCUCAGAUGGCUGUGUUAGCUUUGGGGAUUUGCCUCCCUGACUCCUCAUCUCAAGCCCCAAUUUGGGCUUUCCUGGGAAUAAUAUUUUGCUGGCACAUUUUACAUAAAAGAAGAUCUCUGUGAGGGCUGCCUAACCAUGGAAAAGUUCUGAAAUGGCUUUGUGACCAAGGAGCAUCCAUAAGCAUUCCUGGACUAGCCAGGACUCUAAUGGAAGGAGGAAGAGUCAGUUAGGUACUGUCCCCAUGGCCAGGGACAAGAGGCUUUUGUAUCUGCAGGGGGAGUUUCCCUUUAACUGUAUGCUCAAGCCUGUUGGCUGAAACGGCUGGCUCUCAUGUUUCAGAGCUGGGGUGGAGGAGGAUCCCCGUGUCCUGCCAGGGAGGACACUUGCAAGGUCUGCUUACAGUCGGGCUCCUGUUUCAGGGGUGGAGAUUUCAGCCCCACCCUUCUAGGGCUGGGGCCUCUGCUGGGCCUUCAAGUCUGCACUCGUGUGUGUACUCUGCCCUUGGGUGCCCUUAGCCCCCAUGGGCUAAGAGAUGGCUGCCCCUGUGAGCAUCAGAGGAAGACCCCAAAAGGGAUUGCACCUGUAGGGACAGGACCUAAGUCCCACUGCCUUUCCCUGUCCUGGUAGUUUUGUCCUUAUCAGAAACACAAGGCCUCACCUCUGCUUUGUGACCAUUUGGUCGCUUAGUAGUGUUCAGAGACUACUCUGUCCCUUGGUCGCUUCAUCCCAAUGAAGUCUCUGAGCCUCAGAAAUGGACCCUGCCUCUCUGCUUCUCUGAAGCAAAGCCACCAUCCAGGGAGGGAACUGCCUUUUGUGGGGCCAAAGCUCAGCCAAGAGCCCCGCCCCACCCCACCCCGGGCUGGAGAGGGGCACUUGUCACUGCUGGUGAUCUAGUAACCCCCCUGACUCUGGAAACUGAGUAUCCAACCGGGAAGGAUUAAUGAGGGACUUUGCUCAUUGAUGAGGCUUUGUAAUUUAUUAUUUUUUAAAGAUUUUAU